AUGGCUUCCGAUUCUAUUCAGAGGAAAGAAGUUAGGUGCUUACAAAACGAAUAUGAUAAACUUCUCCAGUCCGCCAAUUUUUCUGAAAUUAAAAAACUGUUGGAAGAAGGUGAAAAGCUACGGUAUCAAGCAAGCCAUCUGGAAAAGUAUCUGAAACAAUUGGACAACCAUGUACGAUAUAAUUCUAUAAGUAUCCAAGCUACCGUAGCUGCUUUGUUUGAUUACGCUAUAAAAACAGUGUUCAUAAAUACUAAACACUGUGUACAACUCAAUGUUCCCACUAAGCGCAGUUUUGGGGAUUAUCAGUGCAACUCUGCUCUUAGCAUUCGAAAAGAGUCGAACAGUGAUCAAAAUCCAUUUGAUAUUGCAAAAUCUAUCGUUGCCGCUUUACCUGUCAAUGAUUUAAUUGAAAGAGUAGACGUUGUUCUUCCUGGCUUCAUAAACAUUUGGAUUAAACAACAAUUCAUUUCUGCUGAAGUCAGAAAGAUUUUACUUCAUGGGGUUACACCCCCAUUCAUACCUCAUAAAUACUCUGUGAUUGUCGACAUGUCCUCUCCAAACAUCGCCAAAGAAAUGCAUGUGGGACAUCUAAGAUCAACUAUUAUUGGAGAAAGUAUUUCCCGUUUGCUUUCAUUUUUGGGUCACAAAGUACUGAAACUCAAUCAUCUUGGAGAUUGGGGAACACAGUUUGGGAUGUUAAUAACCCACUUAAAAGAAAUAUAUCCUGAUCAUAAAACUGCACCUCCGAUAUCAGACCUUCAAGCUUUUUAUAAAACUUCCAAAACUAGAUUUGAUGAGGAAAAAGAUUUUAAUCAAAGAGCACAUGUGGCCGUUGUUAAACUUCAACAAAAUGAUCCUGAGUAUGUACAUGCCUGGAAACAAAUUUGUGACAUAUCACGAAAAGAAUUCGACGAUGUAUACCGUCGACUGGGUAUUGAGAAUCUUAUUGAGCGUGGAGAAUCGUUUUAUCAAAGUCGAAUGGAAGAGUUUGUUAAUGAUCUAAAAAGUCAGAAUGUUCUGCAGGAAGAUGAGGGUAGAUUAAUUUUGUGGCCACCCAAAUGCGAAGUUCCUCUCACAGUUGUAAAAUCAGAUGGUGGUUUUACCUAUGAUACAUCUGACUUAACUGCUUUACUUCAGCGUUUGCAUGAAGAAAAGGCGGAUUGGGUCUUGUAUGUUGUGGAUAUGGGUCAGUCUGUUCACCUUAACACGGUAUUUGCGGGUGCAGAAAUGCUUGGUUAUUAUAAUCCUAGUGUACACAGAGUUCAACACAUUGGAUUCGGUGUGGUGCUCGGUGAAGAUAAGAAAAAAUUUAAAACUCGUUCCGGUGACACAGUUCGUCUUGUUGAUUUAUUGGAUGAAGGUCUUGAACGAGCAAAGAACCGAUUGCUUGAGAAAGAAAGGAAUAAAGAGCUAACUGAAGCUGAAUUUGAACGAGCUCAAAAGGCUGUAGCAUAUGGUUGUAUUAAGUAUGCUGAUUUAUCACAUAGUCGAACAAUUGAUUAUGUAUUCUCAUUCGAUAGGAUGUUGGAUGAUAAAGGAAACACUGCAGUUUACUUGUUAUACGCAUAUACACGGAUCAGAUCAAUUAUAAGAAAUGCAGGUUAUUCUGAAAGAACAAUCAAUGAAAUUAGUGAAACAGUACCACUGAAAUUUGAACAUCCUAUGGAGUUGACAUUAGCCAAAACAUUAUGUCGUCUACCAGAUAUUCUACUAAAAAUUCAAAAUGACUUUCUAUUGCAUAGCCUAUGCGAUUAUUUGUACGACUUGAGUUGUGACUUUACAAACUUCUACGAUGCAUGUUAUUGUAUUGAACGGAAUCAAGAGACCGGUGAUGUUCAAAUUAAUAAAGAACGUAUUGUAUUAUGUGAAGCUACUGCUCGAGUAAUGAAAUGUGGAUUUGAUAUACUUGGAAUUGAAACAGUUGAAAAAAUGUAA